GGGUGGGCUGGGGAGUAGCCGGCUAAGAGCCCUUCGCAGCCUGUAUUCGGGGUAAGGUCGUCGGCGACGGAGAGGAAUUCGAAGACACUUGCAUCCAGUGGCCGUACAGAUGGUUUCCCCGCAGGGUCCGGCUCACAGUCCUGGUCACCCAGUGCCCUCUGUUUUUACAUCUGCGUUGCUCCAAAGUUAAAACAGAGCUCCGGGAACUUGGGAAACAAACCGGAAAAGCGUAUUGUUAUAACUAACUCCCAGUGAAUCUUUCCUCCGACCUAGUUGGGGAAGGAAGUAAGGUUGCUUCUAUCACGGCCAGAAGAAAACUGAACCAUGCGACAAGUUUGUUCUUGGAAGGCAAGUUGCCGCUUGAUGAACGCCCCACCUGUUGAAUAGACUUUGGACCGAGUCUGACCCAAUUCUCUUUUGCCCGUUAGUAGCUUAACAAGCUCUCCUCCUCCCCACCCCCACCCCCACCCCCGUUACUUUUAAGCACGAGAGAUAGUGCUGGUUAGAGCAGUUUUUUAGCGAACUAUAAAGAAGGCAGCUUAAGUUGGAAGAGUUUAUAGUUCUAGCAAGGGUCUGGGGGGAAGGUGGAAGCGAAGUGUAAACUUGAAGGCUGCAACUUUUUCUCCACUUUCAGGUUCUAGGCACAUAUAAAUGUCUUUGAAUUUCAGAGUUGAUGAAAGCACUCAGAUAACUAUUUUGACAGCUUAAUUGGCUGGCAAGUUGAAUUGUAAGUGUUCAAAUUAGAUUUUUUUUUGGCAUUUCCUAAAAAGGGGUGUUUGGCAGGCCUGGUAUACAGCUAGUGUAUUAUAAUAACUUUCCUGUGCCUGGUUCUUUAUCAUGGGCGUUGACAUUCUCAUUUAUUGAGCAUCUAAACCCUCUGGGAUGGUAGUAUCCACACUUAAUGUGUUCAUGGCUAUUGGGAAAGCUUUGCAAUAGGCAGUCGCAAACUCCCCCACCCCAGGAGCUAUGCAGGUAACCUAAGCGAGUGAGGCUGGCCAGGUGUGGGCCAUUGGUUCCUGGAUAGCUGUGUCCAUUGCUGUUGGGGUCAGAGUCCACUAGGUUCCAUCCUCUGCUUGCUGGAUUUUCUGUAUUUAAAGAAUCCCAAUACCCUGACUUUUUAAUGGAAUACCUUGAUUUUUAAAAUUGAAACUGCUCUACAGACCCACGUGUGAGCUGAUGUGCUCUCUGGCUGCAGGUUUGCUCUCUGGGUUGGAGAACUACUGCAGACUCCGCAGAGGGUAAAGUAGGCUGGGGGAGGUGGGGGUGCCUUCUGCUUCUGCCCCUUCACAGCUCAUGCUGGUUUCUAACUGCUGCUCCCUUGCUUUUGCCCUGGUGGUCUGAGCCGUGACUCCCUGGUUAGAGACCCUGCCCCCAGAAGCUGCACCUUAGCCUUGGCCCCAGCAUUCUCAUGCCCCCGUGAGAUGCAGGAACUUUGGAGCCAGAAUCAUGUUCCUAAAAGUAUGCAAAAUUAUUUGGCAAGUUUCCUGAGUCAGAACCUGGGGAAAUAGGUCAUGGUGAGGAGCACUCUUUCCCAAAAGGUUUUGAGGCACACCUCUUACUGCUGUCAGAAUUACAGACUUGGUCUGAAAGAAAUCUGGAAAAAAACCAAAAACGAAAAAACAGCCUAGGUUUGUCAUUUUACACGUUAGGAAACAGGUGCAGAUUCCGGAGGUGCAGCUCGGCCAGGGAGACGGAAGAGGUUUGAGGGCCAGGUUCCCUGAUGCCUCAGUGGGAACCUCACCCCCAUCUCUUUCUGGCUUUCUCAGCAAAACCAGGCAGAGGAACAUGAUUUAUAACGACCUCUCCUAGCUUGUUUGAGAGCUGUGGUUGUCAUCCUCUGGGCAGGCCUUAAGGAUGGCUCACAAGAUGACUUAGGGUCUGACUUGAAGAAGUCUUAGAUCAGACCAGAUUUGGUUGACUUUUCUUGAAGCUUCUUCACUGUUCCUAUGAGCAGGUUGGCCGUGCUUUAUCCCCUGCUCACCCUACGCCUCCAUUUCAAGACUUAGGCUGUAUCUACUUCUUGCCCUUAGCUAAGGUAAUCUUGAGGACCAAGAUGGUCUUGGGACAUGGUUGGUGGCCAGGCUAGACAUGCUUAGGGAAUUCAGAAGCAAGACUACUUCGAGGCCCUUCUUUGUCCGCCUGAUGGUGGGACAUGGUUUGAAUUUAGGACUGUGUGUGGUGGAGAGUAUGUCUGUGAGCCCCUCUGAAAUUGAAGGUGAAAUUUUACGUGUAUUUUCUGGGCUGAGCUUCUGAUGAAAGCUGUGGAUUUUCAAAAGGGCGUGAACAGCAAGUUGUUAAACCAUCGUUCUUGGGUAUUGCUGUGUGUUUUCCCACCUGCCUCCUUACCUCCUGCGGGGUAUGUUUGAUAGGGUAACAGCUACUCCCUCCUGCCCCUUCUCCCACCUGGAUGUAAAGCUUGUUUCCAACCUCAUUGUUGAGGAUGUCUGGGUUGUCCCCAGAUACCUCUGGAGUAGCAUGAGCCAGUCAUGGAAAGUCCACUCGCAGAAGGGAGGUGGAAUUUUGGCUUGGGUGCCGGUACUUUCCUGCAUUUGAUGUGUUGUUCACCCAUCUCUACAGCUGCUAAGUGGUGGAGAGAGGCUGGGUUGAGUGGUCUUUGCUUUUCCUGUGCCUUUGUGGGAAGGUACAUUGCUGUCCCAUGGUUGACACUGUCUUACCAACACUGCCUGGGCCAUCGGCGUUCUAGGAUAGGCCAAGUUAAGCAUGAACGGCAGCGUUCAAGUCCAGAGAGCCGAACAAAGUCAUACUCAGUUUAGCCUUUUUAGGCAACAGAGGGGAACUUAAUGCAAGUGUUCAUAAUGGUGAGUGGUUAACAUGCUGUCUUAGCUUUGCAUAGAAGUUAGAAUUGACUUUUUUUCAUAUAACCCGUUUACUUGUAUCAGAAAUUGAAAAAUUGGCUUUGCAGAAAUGUCUUGCUUCACUGACCGAUGUAUUUUUAGUUUAUAGCUUUUGUUCUUGGCAAUAGUACAGUUUUGUCUGUUUGUAGUAAGCCUUUUUAAAUUAAGUUUUCAAAAAUUUAUUGUUAACUCAGGUCUUUAAACAGAGCAAGAGAGAUUAUGAUUUAGUAUGCAAAGUCAUGUAACUUAAUCAUGUAUAUUGCCUUAAUAUUAAGAAUAAAAUAUUUCAUCUCUAGCUUAGGAGAAAACGGGGGCUUGAAAAUAUACACUUUAAAAUAACAUUAUGGUGCUAAACUAAGAAUUUCUAGGAAUUUUCUAAGUAGAACUUACUAGGAUUUUGGUUUUGAAAUUUAACUGAGUUGUGUAAUUGAGCAUGAUUCAGGAAUGCCACGGUCCCCCAAAAAUCAAGUCACAUUUAAGACUUUGUCUUAGUUUUUUAGCGAUCGGUAUAUUUUCUAGAAGGAAGGCUUUUGUGGUGGUGAUCAUUUGAGUCGUUGGGCUUUGGUGGCCUCUUUAGUGCCAAAUGGUAGACGCUCCCCAUUCCUACUCCAACUUGACUCAUAAACACAAAAAAUUACCAAAUUUCUGAAACUGACCAGCAUUGACAAUUUUAUCUUACAACGUAAUAUCCUUUUUCUUUUCGUUAUUUCACUAUCCUCCCUUCUCAUAACAAAAAUUCAAGCUUCUAGCUAUUUAAAUAUAAUUAAUAUACAACAAAACCAUAAAUAAUAAAUAAUACACUUAUAAAUAGUACGUAUGUAUUUAUAAUAAAUUGGUAAAUGCUUCAUUGGUCAUUAUUUUCAGCUUAAAAUACUGAGUGAACUAAUUUCUUAAAAUUUUUAUUUUUCUUGCUGUCACAUCUCUCUUUCCAGUUGAUCGUCCUUAUGUUGGGGGACUAUUUCAUUUUGGCUGUUAAAUAUCUUCUUCUCUGACCAUACUAAUGGAACUUACUGCUUAAACUUAAAAUUUAUUCUCUCUCCAAGGAAUUAAAGGCCAUAUUGCAAUUUCCUCGGUGGCUUUGUGAAGUUAGCAAAUGUCCUUGAAUGCUUGUCCUUGGGGGCUAGGGACGUUAGCAAACAUUUGUGCACAGGAUCUGAGUGAAAUCUGGUUGUGGCUAAAGUAAUUUGAAUGUGCUCUGGCCUCCCAUUCGUCAGUUUCUGCUUUGCUGCUUUUGUGUAUCUUGAAUCACUGCUUUUUAUUUCCACUAAUCUUUCCUUCUACUCUGUCUUCCCUUUGCAUUUUGUUCCCAUGCUGACUUCUCCUUGUUCCUUUCCUAUUGGCCUUGGUGCCAAUUUGUACGUGUGGCUGUCCUGAGAGAUGCUCCUUUAGGGAACUUCCUCUGGGCACUGGUGUCCUGAUUGCACUUUGGUUAUUUUGCAGGUUAAAAAGGAAGAGGACAAAAGUAGACCCAAAUGUGCCUGCGGCGUAGCCACAGAAUUCGCCCGAAGUACAGUUUUUUUUUAACAACACAUAGGUUGAUAGUGUGUUAGAACUUAAGUCCUCGAACAGGAACCAUGUAGAUCAUGCGGAUCUAGUCUACUCCUCUCGCUUUGAAGAUGAGAAAACGGAGGCCAAGAUUAGGGAAGUGGCUUGCCUGAAGACAUGCUUCUGAUGAUGAUCAAGAAAGUGGUUCACUUAAAUGCUUGUCUUACAGGAUCAAGUUCUCUCCUGUUCGAUAAAGCUAGCAAGGAGGCCAGAAGUUACCACAAAAUUAUUGAAAGAAGAACUAACAUAUUUAGUCACUUUUUAUCUUCGGCGUUUGAUGUCCGGUCCCCGCGAAUCUGCUUUCUGUUUGCUUUUACCUCUGGCGUGGGCUCCCUGGGUGACACCGUACCUUUUACUUGGAAUCUCACGGGGGUCAGAGCACAUGGAAAGUACCUUUCCCUAAUAUGUCCCCUCAGCCCCACGGUGUUUUAAAAAAUAGGCACGCACACACACCAUCGCCUUUAUUUAGAAAGAAAAAAAGGAACAGGAAAUGACCAUCGGGCAAACCGUUUAUUAAUACUCUGCACCAGUGCCGUAGUAUGAGAAGGAGAAUAGCUAACUUUUUAGAGCGCUCGUGUUUUAUAUGUGUCUUUUUACAACAGUCUUUUGAGGAGAGUACUGUCUGUUGUUCACAGGUAGUUAAAUCUAGGUGCUGAGAGUUACAGCUAGUUUAGUUCCACGGUCCCACACCCAGGGCUGUAAGGUGCCAAGGAGCGGCCAAACCCUGACAUGACUUCCGGGCCCCCACGCUAGCCACGGCGCUCUGCGGCGGGGCCGCCCGUGCUGCGUGUGUCCUGAUGUGUUAAGCAGUGAGCCGUGCAAGCAGAGGGAGCGGAUGGAGCCAGUCACAGGCGUAAAAGCGGAGGCUGGUGUUGGCCCGGUGUUUGGACUGAAGCGUGGCUGUGCGGAGAGGAAUCGUGGCCUGCAGGCUAGAGCGGCGGGUUAGGCCCACGUGUAGACCUGCCUGCUUAUUGGGAGCCAUCGUAGGGUUUCAGUGACGUGGGAGAAGGCGGGUUUGUUAGAUUCCCCACUUCGGUCUGCUUCUCUCAGUACCCCUUCCGUCUCUUGCUCCCGCUCACCUCUUCCUUCCUCUUUCCCCUGCCGUGCUGGGCCAUGUGCUGGGAGCUGGGGUGCCGCGGUCACCGGGGAUGGGAGUUUCUCGGGUCGGUCGCUUAAUUCCUUAUUUGUCAUUAACCUUAUUAACCCCUUCCUGUGAUUCAUUGGCACCUGGAGCCUCUGUCUGGCGUGAGGACCGGGGCUGUGCUGUCACGGGGAGGGACUGCAGGGAAUUAGGGGUCUGAUUUCACCCUACGUGUACACCAGCCAGUUUCCUUGUUUUCAGCUCUGGGCGUCUCCUGCACCCUGAGAAGUACUUGGCACCUCUGGUCCCUGAGCCUUAAUGGGGUUCUGCGGGUUUACUGGUCGUACCAUCCACCGGCAUGGAGGCUGUCCUGUCCUCUUGUCACUUACUCUUGGUCCACCUUGGGACUGUGGGGGCUUUCACGUGUCUUGUGGUUUGAGCCAAGGUAGAGCUGGUAUUUCUGUUUCUCAUCAUUGUCGGGUUGUGGUUUAUCUCGCGGGGCAAAGGAGACACCCUUUUUCAAUCCUCGUCCAGCACCCGUGGGGUUUUCUUCCUUCUCUGGCACAUAGUAGGUUCUCGUUCAGUCACUAGAGGAGACUGGAGACUCUUCAGGAACCUGUCGUUGAGGAGGACAUGUAUCGUGACGCGGAUGAAAUAGAAAAGGAGAAAGAAUUACUUAUACAUGAAAGAGGGUUAUCAGAAGCCAGAUUAAGUGUAGCUCCUGAAAUGGACAUCAUGGACUACUGCAAAAAAGAAUGGAGGGGAAAUACACAAAAAGCCACAUGUAUGAAAAAGGGCUACGAGGAGGUGUCGCAGAAGUUCACCUCUAUACGGCGAGUCCGUGGAGACAAUUACUGUGCGCUGAGGGCCACGCUGUUCCAGGCGAUGAGCCAGCCGGCGGCGCUGCCGUCCUGGCUGCAGGACCCGGAGCUCACGCUGUUACCGGAAAAACUCAUAAGCAAAUACAAUUGGAUCAAGCAGUGGAAACUUGGACUGAAAUUUGAGGGGAAGAGCGAGGACCUGGUUGAUAAAAUUAAGGAGUCCCUCACACUGCUAAGGAAGAAGUGGGCAGGCUUGGCAGAACUGAGAACUGCUGAAGCGAGGCAGAUAGCUUGCGAUGAACUGUUCACAAAUGAGGAAGAGGAAUAUAGCCUCUAUGAAGCUGUAAAAUUUCUAAUGCUAAACAGAGCCAUUGAACUAUACGAUGACAAAGAGAAGGGAAAGGAAGUACCAUUUUUCUCUGUGCUUCUGUUUGCUCGGGACACAUCGAAUGAUCCUGGACAGCUGCUAAGGAACCACCUAAACCAGGUGGGACACACUGGUGGCCUUGAACAGGUGGAAAUGUUCCUUCUUGCCUAUGCCGUGCGCCACACCAUCCGGGUGUACCGGCUCUCCAAGUACAGCACCGAAGAAUUCAUCACGGUCUACCCCACCGACCCACCCACGGACUGGCCGGUGGUGACCCUGAUCGCCGAGGACGACCGGCACUACAACAUCCCCGUCAGAGUGUGCGAGGAGACGAGUCUGUGAGGGACGCGUACCCGGACGGCCCGGCCACACGGCCGAGGUGCCCUGGCAGCUCCCUGCCGCGGCCCGCGGGCUUCCAGGUCUCUUCGGGUGACCCACGGGGACUGUCGGGCCGGGCGAGCCAAGCUGGACUGGGCUGUUCUGAGGACGGCUUUUGGUCGUUAGAACUAACCAGGGGUUUUCCCUCAUCUUUGAUGCGAUAUGUUUCCUCGGGGGCCUUCAGAGCACUUCUUUUGGAAGGUACAAACUACAUCUUCUCCAUAAAACAAACCUUUUGUAUCAGAGGAGACGCCUCUCGGAGAGGAGUGUGUUCUUCACGUCUCAGAAGCAGACUCUCUAAUGUAAACUUGGUCUCAGUUUUUUCUCAAGAUAGUCAUUUUUUGUUUUGGGGGUGAUGGGUCUCCGGAGUGCCCGUCCUAUGCAAUUCGGCUUACGUGGCCUAACUCUGAGGCGGAGCCUGUUAGGGGCACAGUCAUAACGUCCUCUGAUAGUCUUCCUGAGCACUGGUUCGGGCUUACAUGUUCAUUAAAGCUAUCCUAAGCA